UGCAGCCGCUCGGAGGCCAUGUUUGGCUCCAGUGUUGGGUUGUGAUUUUUUUUAGGGUUCCGGGAAGAAGCUGUUGUUGUGGGGAAGGACAGGAUUUGCUGUUUGUCGGCCCGUUCGUUGGAGGCUUUCUCCUUACUCCCUGCUGUUUUGGCUAUGUGUGCUGCAUGUAAGAGGGGUGGGGAUGAUUGAGAGGCGCUUCCACCUCCCGCAGGAAGGUCCCGCCGACCCCCCGCACUUAUUCUAGUUGUUUCUGUCCGGAGCCACCAUGUCUUCCCACUCUCAGGGAAGCUUCGACCUAUCUCGGAGGAACCCGCAGGAGGACUUCGAGUUGAUCCAGAGGAUCGGGAGCGGCACCUACGGCGAUGUUUACAAGGCUCGGAAUGUCAAUACUGGAGAGCUGGCAGCGAUUAAAGUUAUUAAGCUGGAGCCUGGUGAAGACUUUGCCAUUGUACAGCAGGAGAUCAUUAUGAUGAAAGACUGUAAACACUCAAACAUAGUUGCAUAUUUUGGCAGUUAUCUCAGACGUGACAAGCUAUGGAUUUGUAUGGAGUUUUGUGGAGGUGGAUCAUUACAAGAUAUUUAUCAUGUGACAGGACCUUUAUCAGAACUACAGAUUGCUUAUGUGUGUAGAGAAACGCUACAGGGUUUAUAUUAUCUUCACAGCAAAGGAAAAAUGCACAGAGAUAUAAAGGGAGCAAAUAUCCUUCUGACAGAUAAUGGCCAUGUGAAAUUAGCUGAUUUUGGAGUAUCUGCACAGAUUACUGCAACUAUAGCAAAAAGGAAAUCAUUUAUUGGGACUCCAUAUUGGAUGGCCCCAGAGGUCGCAGCUGUGGAGAGGAAAGGAGGUUAUAACCAACUGUGUGACAUCUGGGCAGUUGGCAUAACGGGUAUUGAGCUAGCUGAACUUCAACCACCAAUGUUUGACUUGCAUCCAAUGAGGGCUUUGUUUUUGAUGACAAAGAGCAACUUCCAGCCUCCGAAGUUGAAGGACAAGAUAAAAUGGUCAACUAAUUUUCAUCAGUUUGUAAAAUUGGCGCUCACUAAAAAUCCUAAAAAAAGACCUACUGCUGAAAAGUUAUUGCAGCACCCAUUUGUGGCACAGUCUUUGAAUCGUACACUCGCUAUAGAAUUGCUUGAUAAGUUGAACAACCCAGAUCAUUCCAGUUAUCAUGAUGUUGAUGAUGAUGAUCCUGAGCUUAAGUUUUUAGGGAUCUUUUCUCCUGCUUCUCCUCCUCUUGCACGCCGAGUCUCACGUUUUGCUGCUCAUUCGAAGCCACCAAUAUCAGUUCCUCAUCGAAUUCAGUCCACUAGCCGGAAUGUGAGAGAAGAAAGAACACGAUCUGAGAUUAACUUUGGACAAAUAAAAUUUGAUCCACCAAUGCGGAAAGAAACAGAGCCUCAUCAUGAACUUCCCUACUGUGAUGAUUUUUUGGACAUUUCAGAAGAGAUUUACUACACAGCAAGACCUAAUCUGGAUCUACAACUAGAAUAUGGCCAAGGACCCCAGAGCAAUUAUUUAUUGGGUGGAAAUAAGAGUCUUCUAAAAUCAGUAGAAGAGGAACUGCAUCAGCGGGGACACGUGGCACAUUUAGAUGAUGAUGAUGAUGGUGAUGAUGAUGAAUCUGAACACUCAACAAUGAAACCCAGGAUGCCACCACCUCUUCCACCCAAGCCAAAGUCAAUCUACAUACCACAAGAAAACAGUUAUCCUGAGGAAGAGAAUCAAGGCACAAUCAAGAGAUGUCCAUCUGACAGCCCUGUACGACCAAGCACACAAGUGCCACCAAGACCUCCCCCUCCUCGGUUACCUCCCAACAGUAGUUACGUCAGGACCAGCAUCUUGGGAAAUGGAGUGAACUCAAUUCAAGUGAAUGGGGAGAAAGACAGCAGUGCUCAGCAACUGUAUGAAAACAGAAGCAGUUAUCCACCAGGGCUUCCUCCACGGAAAGACAAAAAAGAUCUCCCAAAACCUAUUAGCAAUGGUCUUCCUCCAACCCCAAAGGUGCAUAUGGGUGCUUGUUUCUCUAAGGUUUUCAAUGGUUGCCCUUUGAAAAUUCACUGUGCAACAUCAUGGAUUAAUCCAGACACGAGAGAUCAGUACCUCAUAUUUGGUGCUGAAGAAGGCAUUUACACUUUAAACCUUAAUGAAUUACAUGAAACAUCAAUGGAGCAGCUUGUCCAAAGAAGGUGUACAUGGCUCUAUGUAAUGAACAAUGCUUUGCUUUCUAUAUCUGGAAAAGCUUCCCAAUUGUACUCUCACAAUUUGCUGGGUCUUUUUGAGUAUGCCAGACAAAUGCAAAAAUUGCCUGUAUCUAUUCCUGCAUAUAGGCUUCCUGACAGAAUACUUCCAAGGAAAUUUGCUGUAUCUACAAAAAUUCCAGAUACAAAAGGCUGCCAAAAAUGUUGUGUAGUAAGAAAUCCUUACACAGGACACAAAUACCUUUGCGGUGCAUUACAAUCCAGCAUCGUCCUGUUGGAAUGGGUUGAGCAAAUGCAAAAGUUUAUGUUAAUCAAACAUGUUGACUUUCCUCUGCCAAAUCCAUUGAAAGUCUUUGAACUGCUCGUGGUUCCAGAGCAAGAAUAUCCCCUGUUAUGUGUUGCUGUUAGUAAAGGAACAGAACUUAACCAAGUAGUACGAUUUGAAACUGUUAAUCCAAAUUCUACUUCAUGUUGGUUUACUGAAACAGAUCAGUUGAGAGGCAAAUAUAUGCCACAGGCAAAUGUAAUCCAUGUCACCCAGCUAGAAAGAGAUACAAUAAUAGUCUGCAUGGAUCGAUGUUUAAAGAUUGUAAAUCUCCGAGGUAGAUUGAAAUCAAGCAGAAAGCUGUCUUCAGAACUAACGUUCACUUUUCAAAUUGAAUCAAUAGUUUGUUUACAGGACAGUGUUCUUGCUUUCUGGAAACAUGGAAUGCAGGGGAGAAGUUUUAAGUCAAAUGAGAUUACACAAGAAAUAUGUGAUAAUUCAAGAAUCUUCAAACUUUUAGGCUCUGACAGAGUUGUGGUACUAGAAAGCAGACCAACAGACAACCCAACUGCUAAUAGCAACUUGUACAUCUUGGCUGGCCAUGAAAACAGCUACUAAUCACCAUUAGAUUUUUGCAUGGGAAUGUACAUAAACAAAGAAAAUACAAUUGCUUUCUUCAGCAUUGAAGGGUGUUUGAGAUUGCUCAGAAGCCACAGUGUCUAUUUAUCAUAGACAAAACUAAUCAAUAUUUUAUUUAUUGUGGCAUGAAAUCUAUGUGGAGGACAUUUAAGUGCCACGACACCUUAAAUUCAAAAUGCUACACAAGUGCUUGUAAUCUAUGUAUAUAAAUGUUUAGUUUUUCAGUACGUACUUCAUAUUGUUGAAGUCACACGCUCUAACUCUUAAUGUAGAUAGUAGUGCAUAUUGUGUACAGUUAAGUAUCUUCACUGUACAGAUUUGUAUAGGUUUGCAUGAUGCAAAAUUUAAUUUGGGUACUGCUUUUAAGAAAUUAUUUGGAUUUUACAUUAUUCAAUUGAGAUUAGUAUAUAUUUUGCAACAUGAAAUGAGCAGUAUACCCAUCUAAUCAUCUAACACUUGUAUUUUUAAGUGUAAUUUAGUAACUUGGAUAUCAGUUGGAGUAACCUUGAAGGAUUAUAAUCUAAACCUUCUAUUUGUACGCUUGUUGUUUUUAAUGGUUUCCUUGCAAGUACACUGGUAUUAAGUUUGCACAAUAAUGCUGAUAAAAUGUGAUGUAUUUUACUCAUGUGGUGAACUCUGGGGCAUCCAUUUGGAUUUAAUUGUCCUAUUUUAAGAGUAGUAGAAGGAUGCUGCAGUUUAAUAGCUGUUGAUGUCUGUUAUAUAUCAUGUUUUAAAAAUGAAAAAUUGGGUUGGCAAACAUUUACUAUACUGAUGACAUCUGAAUUUUACUUGGUAAGAAGUAGGUAUGAUAGUAGCCUUUCUCCGCUCUCAUCAUGUUAACCCAUACUGGCAAGGCUCCAAAAGCAAAUAAGAUUGUACUAUUUUGUAUUUGGAUAAAUGAAAACACUGUAAAAAGUUUAAACUAACUAAGAUACCAACACACAAUGUUCAAAAGGUCUUGGUACAUAAGUAUACACAAUUUUUGAUAUAACACUAUAUCAUUGCAUUAUUAUCACUCAGUAAUACAUUUUCAGCUGCCAAUAACUUUUGUAACUGAAACAUGAUUUUUCUAAAUGACAGGGUUUGAAAUAUCCCAUUUUAGUUUUUCAAUUUGAAUUUUCUUUGUGUAAGCGUUAUUCUGCCAAAUCCAUAAACAUACAUCAGAAUUUCUCCCUGAACUGUUGUAUGUUCCUUUAUACACUGCAAAAGUUAGUUAAGUGUUUCUACCUCAUGUAGAUACAAUUUUUGUGGGAAACACUCGGCACAAGAGCAUUAUUGGUAUUAUAGGUAUUCUGAUUCAGUCAAAUUGCAGUACCUAAUAUUUGUACAAAGUAUCAACAUAAUUGCAUAUAUGGGCUUGUUACUUUUUUAUAUAUUUUUCCAUGUUUUCAUUUGGUUAUGGUCAUCGGGAACAAAAUGUUUUGAUUUGUGUCGAUUAGCCAAGUUACUGACAUGAUCCGUUCAGAUGUUUCCUGUUGUGUAUAUACAUUGUAAAAUAAAUUCAAAGGGUUUGCAUUUAAGGUUCUUUUUAA